CGCAUAGCGCUGCAAGUGCAACGAAGUGCAAACUCAGAGAGAACACCAAUUAACUACGCUACUACUGACUAAAAGCCCGCAAUUCAGCAACCAACAAAAGCAAGAAAGCAUGAACGCCGAGGUUAUUUCCAGCGGUCACCUGCAACUUUUCCCACCAAGUUCAAAUACAAGACAUUGUGGCUCCCAGCUUCCAUUUAGCGGCAGGGCCAGUACUGGCAGCAUAGCAUUAAAGCCAAGAAGAAGACCCGGGGCGCUCAGAACAACUGCCAGGGCCGCCGUUUAUGCACCGACCCAGACCCAGGCCGAAACUUUCUAUGAUAUGCUGGGAAUUUCGGAAACAGGGUCGAUUUCCGAUAUCAAGAAAGCCUACAAACAGUUAGCAAGAAAAUACCACCCAGACGUGUCACCGGCGGACCGCACGGAAGAGUACACCAAGAGGUUUAUCGAGGUUCAGGAAGCUUACGAGACGCUUGCUGAUCCACAGACUAGAGCUGUGUACGAUAUGAAUUUAGGUCGAGGAUUGCAUUUCGCUUUUUCAACCGGAAGACGCAACGAGAGAAUGGAUGAUGUGGAGGAAUGGAAACUUAGGUGGCAAUCUCAACUGGAUGAGCUGAGGCUGUGGAGCAUGCACAGGGAUAAUGUCUCCUCCGCCGUUAGAGGGAAGGCAGCGGCGUCGCCCUCGUCGUCGUGGGGUAGUCGAAUGCGCCGAAAGAGAACUGACAUUUAUGAUCUUGGAUUUAUGUAGCAUAUGUUUUGCCUAUUGCUAGCUAUAAGCUAGAUUCAUCGUGGGGAUCCUUGCUCCCUCUCUGACAUAAUCAUAACAGAUUUAGCCGCCGCCGGCGGCACUGGGAGCUGUAUCCAGAUGUAUAUAUAAAAUUGUUGUUAAUUAAUUUUUUGUCUCUUCCGGUUGGACGUGUUUAUGACUCGGCCAUAUCGUUAUGGUUUCUAGAAUUAUUGGGAAAAAUAAAAAUUUCCCCCUUUUUUUUUU